CCCAGCCUGAGCCCGCCCCGCCGCCGAGCGUCACCGAACCUGCUUGAAAUGCAGCCGGGGAGCCGGGGCGGGCGGCAGCGGUGGUGGUGGCGGCGGCGGCAGCGGCAGCCCCGGCGCCGCGGCAAGGACUUGGCGGGCUGAGGUGCGGCGGCGGCGCGGGGGNCUCGGGGCGCGGCGGCCGGAGCCCCGGGCCCGCCAUGGGCCGCCCAGAACGGGGCGCGCUCCGGCCGCUGGCGCUGUUGCUGCUGCUGCUUCAGCUUCAGCAUCUCUCCGCAGCGGAUCUGCUGCCGGGUGGCCAAGGGCCGGUCAAGGAGUGUGAAGAGGACCAGUUUCGGUGUCGGAACGAGCGCUGCAUUCCCUUGGUGUGGAGAUGCGAUGAGGACAACGACUGCUCGGACAACAGCGACGAGGACGACUGCCCCAAGAGGACCUGCGCAGACAGCGACUUUACCUGUGACAAUGGCCACUGCAUCCCGGAGCGGUGGAAGUGCGAUGGAGAGGAGGAGUGUCCCGAUGGCUCUGACGAAUCGAAGGCCACGUGCUCCAGUGAAGAGUGUCCUGCCGAGAAGUUAAGCUGCGGACCCACCAGCCACAAGUGUGUGCCUGCCUCAUGGCGUUGCGACGGAGAGAAGGACUGUGAGGGUGGCGCUGACGAGGCCGGCUGUCCCACCUUGUGCGCCCCGCACGAGUUCCAGUGCAGCAACCGCUCCUGCCUGGCCUCUGUGUUCGUGUGCGAUGGUGACGAUGACUGCGGCGACGGCAGCGACGAGCGCGGCUGCUCGGACCCGGCCUGCCCGCCCCGCGAGUUCCGCUGUGGAGGAGGCGGCACCUGCAUCCCUGAGCGCUGGGUCUGCGACCGCCAGUUCGACUGCGAGGACCGCUCGGAUGAGGCGGCCGAGCUCUGCGGGCGAGCGGGCCAGGGGACCACGGCCACGCCAGCAGCCUGCGCCCCCGCCGCCCAGUUCACCUGCCGCAGCGGCGAGUGCAUACACCUGGGCUGGCGCUGCGACGGCGACCGCGACUGCAAGGACAAGUCUGACGAGGCCGACUGCUCACCAGGACCCUGCCUCGAGAAUGAGUUCCAGUGUGGGGAUGGGACUUGCGUUCUUGCCAUCAAACGGUGCAACCAGGAGCGGGACUGCCCGGACGGGAGUGACGAAGCGGGCUGCCUUCAGGGGCUGAAUGAGUGUCUGCACAAUAAUGGCGGCUGUUCCCACAUUUGCACUGACCUCAAGAUCGGCUUUGAGUGCACGUGCCCAACAGGCUUCCAGCUCCUGGACCAGAAGACCUGUGGCGACAUUGAUGAAUGCCAGGACCCAGAUGCCUGCAGCCAAAUCUGUGUGAAUUACAAGGGUUACUUUAAGUGUGAGUGCCACCCUGGCUAUGAGAUGGAUACACUGACCAAGAACUGCAAAGCUGUAGCCGGCAAGAGCCCGUCCCUGAUCUUCACGAACCGACACGAGGUGCGGAGGAUAGACCUGGUGAAGCGGGACUACUCGCGCCUCAUCCCCAUGCUCAAGAAUGUCGUGGCGCUGGACGUGGAAGUAGCCACCAAUCGCAUAUACUGGUGCGACCUCUCCUACCGCAAGAUCUACAGCGCCCACAUGGACAAGGCCAGCAUCCCGGACGAGCAGGUGGUCCUCAUUGAUGAGCAGCUGCACUCCCCGGAGGGCCUGGCGGUGGACUGGGUCCAUAAGCACAUCUACUGGACAGACUCAGGCAAUAAGACCAUCUCAGUGGCCACAACCGAUGGACGCCGCCGCUGUACCCUCUUCAGCCGCGAGCUCAGCGAGCCCCGAGCCAUUGCCGUUGACCCCCUGCGAGGGUUCAUGUACUGGUCUGACUGGGGUUUCCAGGCAAAGAUUGAGAAGGCUGGGCUCAACGGUGCAGACCGGCAAACACUGGUUUCCGACAACAUUGAAUGGCCCAACGGAAUCACCCUGGACUUGCUGAGCCAGCGUUUGUACUGGGUGGACUCCAAGCUGCACCAGCUAUCCAGCAUUGACUUCAGUGGAGGCAACAGAAAGAUGCUGAUCUUCUCCACUGACUUCCUGAGUCACCCUUUCGGGGUAGCUGUAUUUGAGGACAGGGUAUUCUGGACAGACCUGGAGAAUGAGGCCAUUUUCAGCGCAAAUCGGCUCAAUGGCCUGGAAAUCGCCAUCCUGGCCGAGAACCUCAAUAACCCGCACGACAUUGUAAUCUUCCACGAGCUGAAGCAGCCGAAGGCUGCAGAUGCCUGUGACCUGAGUGCCCAGCCCAACGGAGGCUGUGAAUACCUGUGCCUUCCUGCUCCUCAGAUCUCCAGCCACUCCCCCAAGUACACGUGUGCCUGUCCUGACACGAUGUGGCUGGGCCCAGACAUGAAGAGAUGCUACCGAGCGCCUCAGUCUACCUCAACUACAACCUUAGCCUCUCCCAUGACAAGGACAGUACCUGCUACCACAAGAGCUCCUGGGACCACCAUCCACGACCCGACCUACCAGAACCACAGCACGGAGACGCCAAGUCAGACGGCUGCCGCCCCUCACUCGGUUAACGUCCCUAGGGCUCCCAGCACCAGCCCAUCCACCCCGAGCCCUGCAUCCAGCAACCACUCCCAGCACUAUGGGAAUGAAGACAGCCAGAUGGGCUCAACAGUCACCGCUGCUGUCAUUGGGGUCAUCGUGCCCAUUGUGGUAAUAGCUCUGCUGUGUAUGAGUGGAUACCUCAUCUGGAGAAACUGGAAGCGGAAGAACACCAAGAGCAUGAAUUUCGACAACCCAGUGUACAGGAAAACAACAGAAGAGGAGGAGGAAGAUGAGCUUCACAUAGGGAGGACAGCUCAGAUUGGCCAUGUCUAUCCCGCAGCAAUCAGCAGCUAUGAUCGCCCACUGUGGGCAGAGCCCUGUCUUGGGGAGACCAGAGACCUGGAAGACCCAGCCCCUGCCCUCAAGGAGCUUUUUGUCUUGCCGGGAGAACCAAGGUCACAGCUGCACCAACUCCCGAAGAACCCUCUUUCCGAGCUGCCUGUCGUCAAGUGCAAGCGAGUGGCAUUAAGUCUUGAAGAUGAUGGACUGCCCUGAGGAUGGGCCCACCCACUUCGUGCCUCAUGGAGUUCAGUCCUAUGCACUACUCUCUCUGGAUGCUGUGUGAUUGGAUGAAUGCCAUUUCUAUAUAUGGGUCUGUGUGAGUGUGUGUGUGUGUGUGUGAGUGUGUGUGUGACUUUUUUUAAAUUUAUGUUGCGGAAAGGUAACCACAAAGUUAUGAUGAACUGCAAACAUCCAAAGGAUGUGAAAGUUUUUAUAUGUAUAAUGUUUUAUACACUUUUUAACUGGUUGCACUACCCAUGAAGAAUUCAUGGGACAGCCACUGCUGAGUGACUAACAUGAUGCACAUAACCAAACGGGGCCAAUGGUACAAACUUCACUCAUCAUUUCAAUACAGUAUUUACAGAGGAUGUUUGAGUUGAGAGCUUUUUUAGGUUUGAGGGGCUUGAUUUUUUUUGUAAAUAAAAUUAUGCUUUGUGGCUAUCCAUCAACAUAAGUAUAAAAAGAAAGAACGCUUCCACCCCCUUCCCCAUUUAGAUUAUUUAUUAACAUAUUUCAAAAGUAAGGUUAGCUCUAUAAAUAAUUUAGAGAAGUGAGAGUAUUUAUUUUUGGUAUGAUUGGCCCACUGCACAGACUCUGUGUUUAUGUGUGUGUGUCUGUGUGAGAGAAAAAAAUCUGUAGAAAAGAGGCACGCUUAUGACUAUUGUUCAAAUACAUAGAAACAGUUAUUUUAAAACAGUCCACAAGAGGGGUGUCUGGUUUUCAGAGACACUUCAGAAACUGCUCAGCAAGCAGAUGCUACAGUUUGUGCAGGCAUGCGGUCGGAAAGGUAGAUCUUCGCCUCUGGCUACUCCUGAGGCCCUGAAGAACCAGCAAAAAGCUUUUCAGUUCCUCUUUGGCUCUCACGAUGCCCACCUAGGCUUUCUGGUCAGUGUACAGAUACUGUACAGUGCUACAAGCCCUCAGGAGCUCAAGAUAGCAGAGUCCUUUCAAAGCUCAGCUUAGUGAGGACUUGGGUCAACUUGAGGAAACUUCCUCUGAAGCACCUGAAGGCCGAGCCUUUAGAGCAGCCAUUGUCAACCACUGUGGGUCAAAAGACCCUUUCCCAGGGGUCGCCUAAGAGCAUCAGAGAACAGACAUUUACAUUAUGGUUCAUAAUAGUAACAAAAUCAUAGUUAUGAAGUAGAAAAGAAGGUAAUUUUAUGGUUGGGGGUCAGUCCAACAGGAGGAACUGUGUUAAAGUUUCUGAAGCAUCAGGAAGGUUGGAAACCGCUGCUCUAGAGCCAAGUGAAUGCAUUUCUAGGGUUCCCAAGUUUACAGUAAGGACCGGCUCAGCCACUGAAGCUCUGAGUCAUGUGAAUGAGGACAAAGAAUUUGGAAUAGGUUUGGUUACAUCUAUUUCUCAUCCCCUUAUUUUCCACCAUUUAAAAAUAAUAAACGUUUCUUACCACCGUAUGUUCACAUGGAUAAGACUAAGUCCAAAAAGGUGACUACAUCCAAAUUUAUAUUUUGGGGAAAUACCAUGAAAUAUUAUAGGAUACUGGGCAUAUGUCCACACAAAGGAUUUGUUUCACUACUUUAUAAAUAAAAUGAACAACUCUGGGUAUUUGUAUAGAAUUUUCUUCAUAUGUAACACCUUUCCAUUUUCUGAGCCUUGGGGGUGGGGUGGGAGAAUGUCACUUUCUGUCUGUGGAAGCCACUGCUGGAAACAGAAUCCCAUAGUCCCAGAAGGAAUUCAGUCCCCACCAGCUUUCUCUUCCAAAAUGUGAUCUUUCUGUGACUCUGCUGUUCUGCAGUUCACUCCAGUUGAAUGACCAGGGACAGGUACAACACAGGUGUUCGGUUUGAGUGGUAGCAGACUAAUGUCUGAAGUUGACAUAACUGGAAUCUGACACUUGAGGAGUAUGUCUCCGUGUUCCCACACACCGGCUUGAGUGGCUCAUCUGCUCGAUGUCCUUUUAACUUCCGGGCAGACCGUCUGGAAACCUGUCAUCCUGUUCCUAGGAGCUUGCUCUGUGUCACUCAUGUUUUCCUAACCUUUAAAAAAUGGCUGUGUUCCAAGCCUAGCCAUUAUGUCUGACAAUGCAUGUGUUGAUGGUCUUGAGAUAUACAGUGACUAAUGCAGCUGACCCAUUCCAAACAGUCUCAAGGACAGGCAGCCAAGUCCCCUGGAGCUCGCCUGUCACCAUUCAUCCAAGAAUGGGAAGGAGAAAUCAAGCUUACUGAAGAAAAAGGUUGGAAGUGAAAUGGUCAAAAUUUACAAAAGACAGGCAGGGGUUUCUCUUUAAUUCACCUCCAAGGAAACUGAUGGUGAUAGUGCAGUUUCUGAACAAAAGUUCAGAGGCUAGCCUUCACACCAAGGCUGAAACAUACCGUCUAGGGUUUCCGAAAGAUGAUUGAAUUCAUAUCAGAAAUACCACGUUUCCUGAAUGUGCAGCAGCUGCAGUCUGAAAGCAGCCUACAGUAAAUCCAGGGACGGCUGGAGAGCAGAAGCACUCUGAGGGGGCAGACCGACCUCCUCCUGUCCUUGGGGACUUUGAGCCUCAUUCUGAGGUGUAAUUCAGAUCUUCUGUUGCCUUUCGCCUCUGCCUGUGUAUCCACAGUCGCUAACAGCUGGAAGAAAGCUUAGUAAUAAACCAAGAGGGCAGAAAAUUCAACAAAUGACUUAUUUAUUAAAACGAAGCUAACCCAUCCCUUCUCUAGAAGACAACUCUGGGCAGCCGGAACAAGGUCUCAGACCUGCGUCCUCUCCACAGCUGUCGGCCCAGUAGAUUGAAGGCACUAACAGAAACGACCUUCCUGAAACAAGAAACUACAGCUUUGUUUACUCUUCAGAAUGUGUGUGUGUGUGCACCGAGGGACAGGCUGAGAAGGCUUCUGACAAGGAGUAAGAAGAAUGAGACGGGACUUAAACUGAUGUCAGUGAACACUGUGGAGCCCUUCAGUUAUUCGCAUGUCUUAGCGACAUACUCAGAGUACUCACUAGCUGCUGUGUGCCAGGCUUUGCAGACAUCACAGGUCAAUUCAACAGUUUUCUCCCUUCCCAAAUUCAUAGCAGUACAUAUGGUUAAAAAAAAAAAAAAAAGAUUUCACUUAGUCUACUCCCAAGGCACAACAAAAGAGAUGUGCCAUUUUACCUGAAGAGCUGAAAAUAGGUCUACAUAGGAAUGAACAAAAGCCAAGUCUUAAAAAUUAAAAAGUGGUGUUCAGGCUGCUUCUAUGAGAAGAGAGACUAGGCUCAGACUGGGGAGUGAAUCAGCAGCAGGACUUUCAAGGAAAACAUGGAGUUCCUUACACCUGGGAAUAAAGAACUGUAGGAGGGCUGGCAAGAUGUGAAACGAAGGAAAGACAAGUCCAACACAAGCACUUUAUAAAAUAAUGUCUGGUGUAAGUAAGCAGACAUUUCUUUGGUUCCUGUGUGCAAGACAUCAUGGGAAACUCCCUGCCAGCACUUGGCAGGCAUUAUUCCACCUCAAGCUUUCCGGAGGCCACAGGGAAAUGACUUUAUUUGAGCUAGAGGUUUUGAUACGGUUCCUGAAGGCUAACAGAAGGGCAGUGGGCUUGUCCACAGAAGCACGCUACGUUGCCGAGCACCUGUGAGAUGUCCUCACGUGGGAGGAAGAGAACAAGAUGAUUAAGAUACAGACAGAAUCUGGAGAGGGUACCCCAGUCACUACAGUCAGGUGCUAUUGGGUGGAGGGAAAACCAUCCUAACCCCAUAGCACUGCACAAAUGCUCCUGUCCCGCUACACUCCUACCAUCAUGAGCAUCAGUACGUCAGCAGUUUCAAACUCUGCCAUUUCCCUCCCCAUAAAAGCAUGAAGAUAGGGAGUCGGUCUCCUUACGCUAUAUUUUUAGGGUAUUUGGGAGUCCCAGGAUGUGAAGAGUUUAGAAGGUGGAGGAAAUUACAGCUUCAAUUUUUUUCAGUUAACUAAAGGACGCUUCAUUCAGGCCGGGCACCAUGUGCACAGUCUUAAGAAUCAGCAGGAACUGCAUUUGCAAACACGUGUUGUAAAAAUUUUUAAAAAGCUACCUGUAUAAAUAUAAAUAUAUAUAUUUAAAGACAAGGUUUUGAUACUUUUUUUUAAACAAAAACUACAAGAGAAGACUGUACAAACCACAGGCUUUUAAACAAAACAGCAUUUUGCUCUCUACAAGCUGUUAAACGUGAGGGGUGAGGUACUGGUUUGCAAACUCACACUAUCCAAAUGGAUUCUCUUGUUUGUCACCCCACCCUCCAAAUUACCGCAUUUGGUGUAAUAGUAGGGCAUGUAAACUUAUUGGGUCACAUUAACCAUUUCUGCUCGUCAUGUCAUUCUGGGUUCCAUUAGCUCCUGUACUCUGCGAUCCAGCUUCUUCCAGAGGCAGAGGGGCUGAAGGAAGUGUGCUCCAUUUCACUAGCUGUGCUGACAUCAUCCACAUGUGGACAUUUGUAAAAUCAGUACACUAUUUCU